AAGUAUCUCUAUAUCAUGGCUUUGAGAAUCAGUAUACUUAUUUUUACUCUUAUUUGUCUUUGCAAUAACAUUACACAUGGAAAAAGGAGAACACAUAGUCAUAGCCUCGAAAGAAAAAGGGGAUACCGGAGGAGUUCAAUCAUCACUACACUCAAGACUAUCUCCGGAGAUACUUAUGACUGUGUAGAUAUCUAUGAGCAACCUGGCAUGGAUGAUCCUACAAUGGACAUGGACAAACUUAAGAUGCUUAUUGCUAAGGAAUUAGAGAAGCAAAAUGCUAAACUUGCCUUAGAGGAAGACCAAAGUUUAACGGCUAAUUCGACAGAAUUUUACGACUUCAACCCCAGAGACAUAUGGUUAAACAAAAAAGGGUGUCCUAUGGGAAGUGUUCCCAUUCGUCGAUUGUCUACGAAACAAUUAAAAAAGAUUGAAGAGCUACACAAAGUCCAAUACAUCCCCUUUCAAAAGACUGAAAAUCAGUCCUACCUCAACACAGGAAGCUUUCUUGAUUUUGCAGGUAUUAUCGUGCCGGAAGCUCCUUCAGGGUACUUUAUAGGUGCAAAAGCUACCAUGACUAUAUGGAAACCCAAACUGAGGGGGGAUCACCAAUAUAGUUCGGCCUCAAUAUAUGUGGAAAAUGGAGAUAAUCAAAUAAGAUCUGGAUGGAUAGUAUACCCAGCAUUAUAUGGUGAUUUUAAAACUCGACUAUUUAGUCGAUGGACGAGUGAUAAUUAUGGAAAAACGGGAUGCUAUGUCAACCAUUGUCCAGGAUUCAUAAUACUUUCUAAUUUUAUACCACUAGAUUAUGCAUUUCCAAUGACGUCUGCACCUGAAGGGACACAAUAUGAUGUUACCAUUGAAAUUAUCAAGGUUUCAUCCGAUCCACCCGGGUGGUACCAAAUGUUCAAUGGUCAAAUUUUGGGUAUGUGGACAUCUUCAAUAUUUUCGAGCAUGAGUGAAAGUGCCAUUCAAUUGCGAUUUGGAGGGGAGUGUUUCAAACCCGAAGGUGAAGAAGCUAGUGCUCAAAUGGGAAGUGGUGUAUUUGUGAAUGCGCAAUAUGAUAAAACUUCCUACAUGCGACAAAUUACUUAUACCGAUCUUGUUUAUGGCGGAGCUAAUCUCGACAAUUCUAGGGUUCAAGUCCAUGAGUCUAGAUGUUACUAUGUGGCUGGUAACACAUAUAAUACUAAAGAUCCAUGGUAUGCAUACAAUUUUUUCUUUGGAGGGCGUGGUGGUGAAGACGAGGAACGUUGUGUGUAUAGUUAAGUGUAUUAAUAAAACUAGCAAAGUACGCACUACGUGCGACUGAUGUCCAAUGUAUGACUCAAAAGCAUUUACGUUUUAAUAUUUUCUAUAAAACUUCCAUAAAGUAAUGUUUUGGUAUAAUAACUGUUUUGCAUAAGAUGUU